GUAGGCCUCGGCCUCACCGCCGAUCUGCUUUGCGUCGGUGCGCGUUGAGGUGGUUAUGGCGCUCAGCUUUCAGCCCCUGCAGGCCGCCCUGGGCAAGAGCGUUAAGCUCACCUUGACGUGUGGCGUGUUCCAGGGCGUGCUGCAGCACGUCAGUCCCGGCCGCGACCUUCUGCUGCACGCAGUGAAGAACUUGGAAACUGGCAGGAGCUCCCCAGGAGUAAAGGUGUUUUACAGCCGAGAAAUAGUCAAUGUGGAAUUGCUGGAUGAACCAGAUUCACAGAAGAGAACAGCAGUGCUGUCUGAGUGCACUUCAGCUGUUAAGGAGAACAAAGGAGCAGACAUGGAAACAGCACAGGGUGGCCUGGGGAGUUCUCCAUGUGUUUCCCCAGAGAGGCAGCUCAGAGCCUUGAAUAAUUUAAACAUGAACUCCCUCCCAGGGAAGGAGGAAGAAGAGAAAGUAGAGUAUACAGUUGUUAAUUGUUUCCAGGAGAAAUUUGGCCCAGCAGUGCUGCACCUGAAACAACAGGGUGUUAUCAGUGUUGUUGGAGAAGGUGUCACUUUGUGUCGUAAUGGGAAACUCUCGUGGCUUCAGAUGGCAACAAAAAGUCACAUUUUUCUAUUUGAUAUUUUCCUUCUGGGACCUCAAGCUUUCAGAAAUGGAUUACGAACUGUGCUAGAAGAUAAAAACAUUUUGAAGGUCAUGCAUGACUGCCGUUGGAUCUCAAAUUGCCUCUUUCACCAGUACAACGUACUUCUUGACAAUGUCUUUGACACACAGGUUGCUGAUGUUCUGCAGUUCUCAGUGGCAACGGGAGGCUUCUUUCCACACUCCACUUGCACAUUACAGGAGUGUCUGAUGCAGCACUUGAAGAUACCUUCCAAAUGGAAAAUCCUCAUGAAGCAUGAGCAGCAAAUGGCUUUGGAGAAUCCUGAUAGGUGGUUCUUGAGACCCUUUCCAUCUUCUCUGCUUCAAGUACUUGCUCUGAAGGCUAUGUACCUUCUGCUACUCCACUCGUCUCUAAUGGAUAACUUCAUGGCAGACCUCAGAGCUGUGGUACAUGCUUACUUAAGUACUUCACAGAAUGGAUCUGAAGAUCACCUUGGGAGCAUAAAGCCUACUUGCAUGGAGCUGCCAAAAGAGCUGCGUCAGCUGGCAGACAUCCAGAAGCUGCGAAGAGAGAAGGCAGUGAAAGAGUACAGAAUAAGUGAGGAUGGUCUUUUGAUCAGACCAGUCAUAGAAUUAAAUGAGAGAAAUCCACAGAGGGAUGAAACCCACUGAGAUGACAGGGUCUGUCUUCCCCCCCAUGAAGCCGCGUGUCAAACUACAUCCUCCAACAGUCAGGAUCUACUUUAUGAAGUGAAGGAAGAAAGUCAAAAACAAGUGUCAAGUCUGUAGGAGAUCCUCAGACCAAUCUCAGGUUGGCUGUAAAAAUCUUUGGUGCAGAUAAAUUGAUAAGUUUGUUAUGUAUUUGAGGAAUACAUAUUUCAAAGAAUAAGAUGGAGCUAUUCCCUAUGCAGAAGCACCAAACAAAUUUCUUCUUUACAAGGGCAGGUGAGCAGAUUGUUAAGGGGAAUGUUGACGGUCUCUCUAAUCCUAAUUUCUGACUUGAAAUCUAUUUUGAGAUCUCUUUUUCCCCAUGAGCUAUUUUGGCUAUUGACUUUUUCUUUUAGUCUAUUUUAUCAGACUGUUGUGUCGGUGCUUUUGUUGUUUUCAACUGUUGCAGGUAUGUAAAACUCUCACUCAAACCAAAUAUGUGAAUGGGGAAGCUUGUGAGGUGCCUGAUCUUUGUGAUUGGAAAGGGUUUGCUUGGGGAAGUUUAAAAAAAAAAAAUUCUGGCCAGCUCAUGUGGGCUUGGCUUAUAGACAGAUAAGUCUGUUGGCACAGUUGUACAAGACUUGCAUAGGAGAGUGCAGGAGAUCACACCUUACUGAGCAGCAUUGCUGGCAAAAGCAGCAGAGGUGUACAGAUAAAAAAAAAAAAAGUUCUUUUCUGCCAAGACAGAAUUACUGUAUCCUGACUGGCAAAGGCAGCAUUCUGCUUAUGAAGUUGCAGCCCACCUCUGUCAGCAAUACUGUGUCUUACUCAUAUAGAUAAGACAGUAACAGUAAUGUCUGUAUACAGAAAAGCAUCUGUUCUCAAAGUAAGGGAAAGCAGUUAAAUUUGUAUAAACCAUGUCUAGAGUUUUUUCUUCCCCAAGAAAAAUAAGGUAGGCAAAACUUGUUUAUUUCCAGUGUACUUGCAUUGUCUGUUAUUCAUUAAAAUAUUAGACCAGAAGUAUUUAAAUAAAGGUUUUUGAAAUUCUAGAUGUAUUUAUUUCUGAAAGUGUUAGAAAAAAGUUGGAAGGUGUGAUUUUUGACAGUGCACUUUUCUGUAUUUUUAAAAAUUUUAAAAAUACAGUAUUCUGUAAUUGAAGUGUA